UCCGACACGACAGUAUCUGGCAUCAAUCCGCGAAGUCUUGUUGAAGAUGAAGAUUCCAACGAUAAUCGCGACAUCUCUCCUUCUCUGGGGUUUUGCCAGCGCCUCUGGGCCAUAUAUGAUUGGCAAAACAUCAGCAUCCGCUUCUGCCUCAGCCGAGACACUGACUAGCAACUGGAAGAAAAUUGGCGGUUCACAUAUCGGUGCCAACACGGCUGUAUCGUCCAAGGCUGGUACCAACAAUAUUCUUAGCCAUGCGGGAGCUUCUAAAGCAGCUGCAACAAUGAUAGCAUCUGCUGCGGUUGAAGCCAAAGCGGGUCUGCGAGCUGGUAAGACGGCCGCUGAAGAACAACGGGAAGCGCUGCAGAUGCUUACUGAAUCCGCCAAUAAAAACGCUGAGGCGCGCAUUCUUGCCGAUGAUGCGGCAGUCUUAGUACAGGGUAGUGCUGAGGCACAGUCGGUUGCUGCAGCGAGAACUAUUUCAGUUGAAGAAACGUGCGCUGCCUUGGGUGCAUCUGCCGUAGAAGCUGAGGCAGCUGCUGCUGCGUCUAAAACGUCAGCCGGAGAAGCUCUCCAAGCGGUGGAAAGCGCCGCUGCCUCUUUUAAGACUUCUGCUACCAGUGCAUUGAUGGCCUUUAAAUUAGCACGCAUUCAAAGUGCGUGUUCUGCCAACGCUGCCAUGCAAAUGGAAAAAGCACUUCAUAUUACUAAUGAGGCCAAUAUUGCUGCUCAGAAAGCUAUGGCGGCUGAAAAUGCAGCGACUGAGUCUGCGUCUGAUGCUGCUGCUCUACAAUCAGAGGCCAGAGAUGCCGCCGCUAUAGCCAAAGCGACUAUAGCCGGGCUUAUCACCACCAAAAGAAAUCUUAUACAAUCUAAUGCUAAAGUGACAAUGUCCAAUGAAGAAGCUCAGUUGGACUCGAAAUCUAGAGCUGCUGAUGCUAAUAUAAACGCCAUCGCUCGAGAGGCGGCCAAGGCUAGUAUACGUAGAGAAGAGUUACUCGAGAUUGGAGCCGAAUUCGGCAAAGCAGAUGGUGAAGUUAUUACUACCGGCACACGUUCUACGGGCGGGAAAGGUGCUAUUGUCACUGCUGAAGCUACAAGUAGUGCAUCCGCUUUUGACAUUAAGAAGGGACAUAAUUUGGGUUUCCAUAAGAGAUUGGAACAUUCAUCUGCAAAAGCUGAUGCCGAUGCCAGUAGCAGUAUCAUUUUCGGUGGCCAUAAUCUGAAACGCAAUGGUGCCAUGGGAGCAUCAGCAAGUGCGGCUGCGGACAGUACUGCUGACACUUUCUUACUGUAACACGCACGAGCAAACCUAUGCACGUGACUUCCUUUCAACCAUUGCAGAAAAUACUACAAAUCAUGAUUAUAUGAAUUAUCUUAGAUUAGAACACAAUUAUAUAAAUACACACACACGCACACUAGCAGGUAUUAAAAGAUAAACAACAAAAUAGCAGCGGUUUGCAAUUUCAGACAUGUAAUAAAAAAUAAAAUUAUUACAAAAAAUAAAAUUAUUAUUAUAACAGA